CUCGCGAGUCAAGCUGCUCCGGAUUCGUAGCCGCACUUCGUAUAACGCUUUUGACAACAAUUUGUUUAUAUCAUGGCGUCGGCCGGGGAAACUGCAACUGAGGAACGGACUGAGCCAGCGCCAGCUCAACCCAGCACUAAUGUAGUGUCAGACGCAGCUCACAAAAUAAUAUCGAUGGAGAAGGAUCCAGAUUUAACUGGUGUACCGCAGAAGAAAUCUAGAGUAGAGGUUCAGUCGCUGCCGACAAGACAGUACUUGGAUCAGACGGUGGUGCCAAUAUUACUCCAAGCAUUAUCAAGUCUUGCCAAAGAACGACCGCCGGAUCCGAUUAAUUUUUUAGCUGCUUAUCUGUUGAAAAACAAGAGCCAAUAUGACAACAGCGGGUCACCACCGACUAGCCAAUAACAAUAGAAUUUAUAUUAACUAAAUCUACAAUUCAAAUAAGGACUUAAUGUUUAAUAAUUAGCAUUUAUUCGAAGGAGUUUUAUAUGUGUAUUAUCAGAAUUCUUGUAUGUUAUGAUGAUUUUUUAAUAUGGAUUAAAUGUUCAAAGGUUUUUAAAUGUUCAAUGAAGUUUCUUAAUCCCAAAACUAAGUGCGUCAUUUUCAUAUUGCUAGUAAUUUUAUCCAUUCGAAAGAAAUUUGUGUGUAGAUUCAGAGAAACGAAUUUGUAUUAUUUAAACGUGAUGU